AUGACUCUCUAUUUUGUGCUCGUCUGCUUUCAAGACCCUCAGAGAGCGUCCGAGGAGAGUCUGGCCUCGGCCGACGACUCCAUCGAAGAGACGCACAGCGUCAUGUCCUUCAUCAUGUCGCGGCUGCCCGACCACGCGUCCGUCCUGCCCGAGGAGGUCGACGCCGUUUCCUCCGGCUUGGUCGCCGGCCUCGCAACGGCCAGCACCACGACGUUGGCGUACGGCUUGCCCUGCGGCGACGGGGCGCCCGCGUUGCCGCCUCUGUUUCCCGUCGAGGUCCGCAAGCACCAUAUCCGUUGGGUCGCUCUAAUUGCGUACCUGCCCCGGCUGCUCAGACUGAUCCUGCUCCUGGUCGCGCACGCCACUCUCCUGGUCGCCUUUUUCGAAGUCGGAUGGGACAAAAACAUCGCCGUGUCGCUGUGCGCAUCUGCCGCAGCCGUGACCGCCAUGCUGCUGCUCGUCACCAUCGACUCGCGGCUGCACCGACCCCGUCUUACGGCUGUCCUUGGAGUUGUGCUACUAGUCGGUUUCGGCUACAUCUUUUCCAAAAACCGGAGCAAGUUUGCGCUGGGUCUGUUACUGGUACGCUGGCAUGUUGGGCGAAGUGCUCUGGCCUGCCUCGCCGAGAAGAUGGCCACCAUCAUUUCAUUCGCUGAGCACGGGGGAGGUUUCGCGUUCGGAUACCUGAGCACGGGGGAGCUCCAAGGAGGCCUGCCCCGUCAAGAGCCCAUGCUCGGAGUUACGGUGGUAUCGACCGUGGUGUUCUUCGGACUGCUGGUUUCAAUACUGUGUCACUACGGUAUUCUGGAAUGCCUGGCUUCAUGGUUCGCCAGGCUUAUUUCUGCAACCAUUGGAACCACGGCCCUCGAGUCCUAUUGCGCCGCCUGCAGCAUCUAUCUUGGCAUGGCCGACUCGGCGGCUCUGGUGAGGAUUCAUUUGGCGCAGCUGACGAGAUCCGAGCUGCACACAGUCAUGACGUGCGGCUUCGCCACGAUAUCAGGGAGCCUGUUCGUGGUAUUCACAAUCUUCGGCGUAAAGGCCGAACACAUGUUGGCGGCCUCAGUGAUGUCCGCGCCAGCAGCCCUCGGGUUCUCCAAACUUUUUUACCCCGAGACAGAGGAUAGCAGCAGUGAUUUAGAAACCAUUAAAGACGUUCGAAGGAGCUGCAGAAGCAGCUCCAACGUCUUCGAGUCCAUGGCACGGAGCGUGUCCUCCCUGCUUGCGGUGGCGGCCAAUGUGGUGGCAUCGCUGCUGGCAUUUGUGGCCUGCAUCGCAUUAGCUGACGCUGUACUGGCGCACGUUGGCUCACUCGUCGGUUGGAAACUCAGCGUGAACUGGCUGGUGGGCCGCCUGUUCAUCCCGCUAGCGUUGGGCAUGGGCCUGAGCGUGGACGAGUCAUCACGCGUUGCUUCCUUGGUGGGCCUGAAGAUGGUGCUCAAUGAGGUGUUCGCCCAAAACGAGAUGGGUCGGUUGGCUCGUGAAGGUCUGCUGUCCCCGCGUGCGCGACUACUGUGCACGCAUGCCCUCUGCGGAUUCUCGAGCCUCGGCGCCCUGGGCGUCCAGCUGGGCGUAAUCACCGCACUGGUGCCCGAACGGCUUUCGGACUGCGCCCGCGUCGCGGGACGCGCACUGAUCGCCGGUUCGAUCACCUGCUUCUUGACCGCUUGCACCGCUGAUCUCUCAGCUGCAUCUUAA